CCGAAUUUCGCCGGCUACUUCCGCUUUAUUUUUCAUAGACAAAGGCAAAUAGUGUCCUUUUUCUUCCCUUUUUUCUAUUAAUUACUUUCUGCGCCAGCAUGUUUAUCUACUUCUGUGGCAGCAUCAGGGGAGGACGACAAGAUGCAGAGGUCUAUGCAUCAUUGAUCGAAAAGCUCCAGAGUUAUGGUACAGUCCUCACAGAACAUGUGGGAAGCAAAGAUGGGUGUGUAAAAGAUGAAAAAGAAAUGACAGAAAAAGACAUUCAUGACCGAGAUAUGAAAUGGUUGGACCAAUCAGAUGUCAUUGUAGCUGAAGUGACACAGCCAUCAUUAGGUGUCGGCUAUGAAUUGGGACGGGCAAUAGCCAUGAACAAGAAAGUACUGUGCAUGUUCAGAUUACAGGCUGAAAAGAAGCUGUCAGCUAUGAUCCGAGGGGCAGAAGGAGACAGUGUUACAGUACGGGACUACAAGUUGGCUGAAGCUGACGAAAUCUUCAGUGAAUUCCUCGGCAGCAAGGAACAAAAGAAUGGCAAUGAUGCAGCAGCAGAAAAAGACGAUGAUGAUGACCUUGUCGAUGAUGCUGAUGAUGCAGAAGGUGAUGAUGAUGAUGAGGCUGAAGACCAGUAAAAGUUGUAUCUCAGGAAUCGGUGGCCUGGUCACUUAGGGGGCCGAAAGUGGAUCACUUUUAAACAGAUGUAAUUUGUAACUACUUAAAAAACACAUUGCUUUUCAUCAUCAGCAUUUUUGUCUGGCUGAGACCAUUAGUGGCCAUUUCAGUUCACAUCACAACACAUUACCAGUACGGUACACAGUUUGAGAGACUACAUAUAUCCUGCAUUGAGAAUCCGGAACAGUUUAUUCUGGUAUCCGGUUGGCACAACUCGUUGAAUGAGAACAAAUAAUGUGUAAGUAGUUGUUACAUCGUACUCAAUGUUAUGAUGAAGCCAGUGAUUUUAUAGUAUUCUACAACAUACAUUAUAUAGUCUAUUCAUCCAGGAUAGUAAGCUAGAAAUGCAAUUAAAAUGCUGUAAGUUUUACAUGUUUUACACUAAAAUUCACUUGGUCAGAUUUUGUAUGGUACAUGUAAUGUUGGACAUGUAUUGCUAGACAUGUAUUGUUAGAUAUUGUAUAGUUAUCUGGAAUUUAUAUUUAGGUCCAGUCAAUGCAAUGGAAAUAUAUAUUUUCUUGAAAUCCCCUGAUUAUUUUACACAUAGUGCAAGAGCAAACAAGGAAAUAGUAAAAAGUAGUAUGAGGAAAGAGAUCCUUGAUGUUUAUAGGCAGCAGGAGAUGAUCCAUGAAACCAUUUACCUCAUCAUAGUAAUAUCAAAAGAUUAAAGAUAUAUUUGGCUUUUUGCUGCAAAUGCUUAGAAUAUAAGACAGGAAGAUUUGUUGUGUUUAACUAACAGGUGAAAUAUUUUGUACGUAUGAAUUACAUUUUAUCAAAUCGAUUACACCUCAAAUUGCCAUUGGCAAUUACUAUGAAUAGACUUAUCUUAAUAUUUCUUCGUGUCCCCAAUUCGGCUAUUAUUGCAUUUGUUUGAAAUCAUAUCCCUGCAGUUAACCGAGCUUUCGUCUCCCUUUGACAGGUCACUCACUAUUUUAUGUUUACUGUAAAUGUAUGUAUCGAGAUAUAUAAUCCACCAUGGUUUGGUUCAUGUUGACUGGUAGAUGUGUGCCAGCAGGUCUUCGGUUAUAAGGGCAGUAUGGGUCAUCAGGUUUCAAAAAAUUUAUAAAAUGGGACCAAGAAAUUGUAAAGUAUCAUUUAUUUUUCUAGGCAACUUGAUUUAAGAUGGCCAGUAUGUUGAUUGUGGAAAUUAUCUUUCAAAGUAACCUGUGUCCUCACUUUGGCCAUUCCUUAACACCACCCCUACAUGUUAGUGAGAUUUUAUUCUUGACGAUUUGGUAUUUACGGCUAUUCAUUUUUGAGUUUAUUGUGCCCUGAGAAGUUGCCCUCAGCUUGAAGUCCUGACUUGGUCUUUUUGUUUUCUCUGUGUUAGGCAGUAAUGUGUUAUGUGCCUCCAUCAUUCUCCAUAUGAAUACUUACUAAUGCUGAUUGUGUUCUUAAAUCUCAAACUAUCAGCUUAUAUUGACAAAUCAUCUUGUGUUUUAUACUCCAUCUACCGUAUUUUCCGGCGUAUGACCCGCGGCUUUUUGCCCUCAAACAGGCCCAAAAAGUGGGGGUGCGGGUAAUACAAAGGUGCGGGUCUUGCGUGGAUUCUGAGAGGGAUAAGCCCCAACCCCAAAGAAAAAAAAGGGGACCAAACUGGUUACUUGAUAAGGAUUUAUGUCCAUCGUUUUCGCAUUGUUUUCAACCAAUAUUUCCGCCAUGAUCGCAUAGUUUGUGAUGUCUCCGCUAGGGAAAAUAGUUACGGCCAUGCUGGAAUUGAUCCACUUUGGUUAACAAUUAAAAAAAACAUGGCGGUUCUAGGAUGUCAACAUCAAUGAAUGGCUUACUAUUUUUGGAGAAUGCGGGUCUUGGACUUGGAGCAGUGCGGGUCAUAAUCAGGUGCGGGUCUUGCGUGGCUUUAGGUAAUGGUCAAAGGGGGUGCGGGUCAUAGGGCAGUGCGGGGGAUAAUCCGGAAAAUACGGUACAAGAAAUUAAAAGUAAAUUCAGAAACUGAUCACUGCCUAAAAAUUGGACUUUUCCUGCUUUGAAAUAUGUAGUUAUGUUCAAUUGAACCUUCAAGGAUUUGUGCGAGAAUCUUUUCAAGUAUGAAAUAUAUGCAUAUCAUUGAAUAUUUGAAGACUUGCAGUGAACAGAAAAUGUUCCUUUUAGGUUGUGACUCUUAUAGAGAAAUCCUUGGAUGGUUGAACGGGAAUGUUUAUCUGGUAGAAGUGUAGUUGACUGUAUUGUUUACUCAAGGAUGAAGUAAUAUUUGUGGCUGUUGUAAAGAGUUCAUUAUGACAAGCUGUUAUUUCAAGAAUGCACUUCUUAAUUAGGAAACAAUUUAUAAACUGAAAUACUGAUAUUGAACCAUGAACAAAAAGCUCUCAAAAGCAUUUUAACCAACAAGUGUUUGGCCAACGAUUUGUUUUUAAAGCUUCACCAGAAUCUCCUUCUGAGAAGGGCCUAAUUGUACGCAAGAGACAAAAAAAGACUGUUCAGCAAGCAAGGUUAAAAUAAGUGAGCAAGUUUUUUCUUUUGGUCAAGCCUAGUUUCCUUACAGCCGGGAUGAUACAUAACUAUGAAGUUUCUAGGUUAUACAUUUCAUUGAACAUGUAUAUGGGAUACUCACCGAUACUUUCUGAUAUUUUUACCAUUUGUCAAACUAUGACAAGAGUAAUUGCCGCAUUUAGUUACAGUAACUGUUUAUACUUUGUGCUAUUAACAGAGAUAGCUUGUGCAUUUACCCACUGUAACAUACAGGCAAUCUUGUCCAUUUUAUUGUCGAAUCAGGCAAACCACCAGUAAUAAUAGCACUGCCGUUUUAGCAAUAUAUUUUACAAUGUUGUAUUGUUCCUGUAGUUCGUUACCUCUCACUUUUUGUCUGUAGAUCAGAUCUCUUUGAUUUUUGUAAGAAUAAACUGUUGU